GCGCGAUUGGUGGCGGCGCUUGUCGCUCGGAGGGGGCCGGGCCGCUCUGCUUCGCGGCUCUACUUGCAGCGGCUGCCGGUGCCGCGGUCCUCCUAGCAGCGCGGGUCGGUCGGACCGCCAAGGCAGCUGGCGCCGGCGAUGGGAAGCGGCGUGGCAGCCGACACAGGCAGUGGUAAAGUUUCCCAGAGGUGCACAUCUGGGCGCGCGGCUGCCAGCUACCCGUGACCCCUCUAGGAAGGACUCAGGGAUUUUUAAUUUGGAAAAAAACCACCUGGUUUCCUUUGUCAAGCUCUCUCCGGGUGGCCAGCGGCUGCAGCUGCAAACUUGGGCAGGGCGGCUUCACCGGCAGCGGACUGGGCUUUGGAGAACCUCCGGACUCAGGUGCUGGGGCGCCCAGCGGCACCGGACGUGCUACGGGGUGUGAGCGCGGGGGAGUCAGGGACGAGCGACAAGGAAGGGCCCCCGUGAGCUCUAUAUGGAGGAAGGAGCCCAGAAUGGUGUGCACCAGGAAGACCAAAACUUUGGUGUCCACUUGCGUGAUCCUGAGCGGCAUGACUAACAUCAUCUGCCUGCUCUACGUGGGCUGGGUCACCAAUUACAUCGCCAGCGUGUAUGUGCGGGGGCAGGAGCCGGCGCCCGACAAGAAGCUGGAGGAAGACAAAGGGGACACUCUGAAGAUUAUUGAGCGGCUGGACCACCUGGAGAAUGUCAUCAAGCAGCACAUUCAAGAGGCUCCUGCCAAGCCUGAGGAGGCGGAGGCUGAGCCCUUCACGGACUCCUCUCUGUUUGCACACUGGGGCCAGGAGCUCAGCCCUGAAGGCCGGCGCGUGGCCCUGAAGCAGUUCCAGUACUACGGCUACAACGCCUACCUCAGCGACCGCCUGCCCCUGGACCGGCCCCUGCCUGACCUCAGACCCAGUGGGUGCCGUAACCUCUCGUUUCCUGACAGCCUGCCGGAGGUGAGCAUCGUGUUCAUCUUCGUCAAUGAAGCGCUCUCGGUGCUGCUGCGCUCCAUCCACUCGGCCAUUGAACGCACGCCCCCGCAUCUGCUCAAGGAGAUCAUCCUGGUUGAUGACAACAGCAGUAAUGAGGAACUGAAGGAGAAGCUGACAGAAUAUGUGGACAAGGUGAACAGCCAGAAGCCAGGCUUCAUCAAAGUCGUGCGCCACAGCAAGCAGGAAGGCCUCAUCCGCUCCAGAGUCAGUGGCUGGAGGGCGGCCACUGCCCCUGUGGUGGCACUCUUCGAUGCCCACGUGGAGUUCAAUGUGGGCUGGGCUGAACCCGUACUCACCCGCAUCAAGGAGAACCGGAAGCGGAUCAUCUCGCCAUCCUUCGAUAACAUCAAAUAUGACAACUUUGAGAUAGAAGAGUACCCACUGGCUGCCCAGGGCUUUGACUGGGAGCUGUGGUGCCGCUACCUAAAUCCCCCCAAGGCCUGGUGGAAGCUGGAGAACUCCACAGCUCCAAUCAGGAGCCCUGCCCUCAUUGGCUGCUUCAUCGUGGACCGGCAGUACUUCCAGGAGAUCGGCCUGCUGGACGAAGGCAUGGAAGUGUACGGGGGCGAGAAUGUGGAGCUUGGGAUCAGGGUGUGGCAGUGUGGCGGAAGUGUGGAGGUCCUGCCCUGCUCACGGAUCGCCCACAUUGAGCGAGCCCACAAACCCUACACAGAGGACCUCACUGCCCACGUCCGCAGGAACGCUCUCAGGGUGGCUGAAGUCUGGAUGGAUGAAUUUAAAAGCCACGUCUACAUGGCAUGGAACAUACCCCAGGAGGACUCGGGAAUUGACAUCGGGGACAUCACCGCAAGGAAGGCUCUGAGGAAACAGCUGCAGUGCAAGACCUUCCGGUGGUACCUGGUCAGCGUGUACCCGGAGAUGAGGAUGUACUCUGACAUCAUUGCCUAUGGAGUGCUGCAGAAUUCUCUGAAGACUGAUUUGUGUCUUGACCAGGGGCCAGAUACAGAGAAUGUCCCCAUCAUGUACAUCUGCCAUGGGAUGACACCUCAGAACGUGUACUACACGAGCAGUCAGCAGAUCCAUGUGGGCAUCCUGAGCCCCACCGUGGAUGACGAUGACAACCGGUGCCUGGUGGAUGUCAACAGCCGGCCCCGGCUGAUCGAGUGCAGCUACGCCAAAGCCAAGAGGAUGAAGCUUCACUGGCAGUUCUCUCAGACAAAGGAAAAACAAACAGCCAUCAGCACCAGCUCCUCUCCUACACCUGUACCGGACAUGGACUUGAGACACCCACGAGGGAGGACCCCUUCUGUGUUCCGGCUCUGCCAACAAUGCUUCCAGAAACUCCAAGAACUCGCAUCCCAGGAGCUGGGCCAAGCAAGGCAGGGCUGUCAUUAGCAGGCACUCUCUGUCCCCACCAUCCUCUAUACUCUCAUCGUUUCUAGAUGCAAUGUUUAAGUAUCUUAAAAAAAGGUUCACGUGGAGAAAGUGGACCUGUCCAGAAAAGAAAACAUCAUGCCUUCCAGCUCCACACCAGGUUCCUGCUUUUAUCCUUUUGGAAAAUUCAAAAAUUCCUUUUUGAAUUCAAGAAAAUUCAAAAAGUUUUUGAGUUCCGGCAGUGGCUGCUCUCCUUCCUGCCAGAAAUAUACUCCAUUCUCUGCACUCUCUCUGGCCUCAUGAAUCUUGGCAGAGGGCUGCUCUCCUAUGGUGAUGACUCCAUAUUAAUUUAAGUCUUUUCAAGACACACUUGCUAAUUAAAAUGUGAAACAGUUUUUAUCCCUUUAAUUAAGACACACGAUGGGAAGCAUAAUUUAAUUUGGUCCAUUGAAAAUAUCAGUAUUAUUAGCUCCAUAACUUGCUUCCAUUAAAGAUGCCUAUGUUAAACAAUAUUUUUUUCCUCCCACACUCACUGGAGUUCUGGCAUGUGCACUGGGUCCUGAAACCACCGUGGGAGUUUGUGAAUUGUGGUCCCAUUGAAAAGGCACAGAAUGGAAGCCAGAAUCAUCAAGAACAUUGGCUGUAGGACCCUGUCAUAGGUUGGGCUCCCCUCUCCAUGAGAAGCAAACCCUAAGGAUUUGAGUACAAGUAGCUGGUACAGAAGUUCGUCUAGGGGAGUGAGGAAAUAAGACAGGGAAAGAAGACAGCCAACUCUGGGUGAACAAACAAGCAGGCUGCCGUUGUGAGAACCUGAGGAGACGCUCACUGGGGACACCUGAAAAUGUGGAACACAUUUCAGGGCUGCCCCAUGGGAGGGACAGGAAGCCGGGUGUUUAUCCUCCAGAGACCAUCCAGCACAUGCUCAGGGCUGCUCCUAGGGGUGUCGGCUCCCCAGUACUUCCAGUCUUCCCCUUAGGCAAAGAGUUACAAAUAUUGCAGAGGGAAACCAUGGUGUGGAGGGGCAAGGGGUGAGUGGAGAUGGGUACCAACUGGAUCUGUAACACACUCACAGCCCGAUCCUGCAGCUGCACCAGGCUGGGCAGGAAGGGAGGAGGAGACAUGUAGGGAGAGUGUCAAUCAUCAGUUUAUUGCUAGUUCUUUCUGUGGCCCAAGAGACAAAAUCAUGGACCAGCAACAGCUGGGGCCAUACCCGGAAGUUUCUCGACAAGGGUAAGAGUAGGAUGGGAGAAGUGUCAAACUCUGAUCAAAGUCAGAGACAAACAUGGGGAAAUAAAAUCCAUGCAGAAAUAGAUGUGGGGAAAUAGAAAAGGUACUGCCAAGGGCCCAGAAAUGGGAAUUGGGGAUAGUCCUAACGUAUCAGUUCAGCUAGUUCAGUCCAAAGGGACCUUUCUCACCCAGCACUGCAGCCCUGACUCAGCAGCUAUCCCAUUACCCCCAUGGUUUUUCUCUAUAGACAAGGAAAAACAAACAGCCAUUGGUAGCUGACUCGCCUCCUAAACCCGCACAGGACAGACUUGAGACACUCGCCAGGUCAGCCCCUGCCUAAGUGCCAGCUUCCUCCAGUUGGAGAUGGAGAGGACAGUUGGCAACACGACCCUGUGCUAAGUGGAGAACCCAGAGCUGGAAAGUGAAGACAGUGUCCAUGGCAGAGUCAGAAAACUCACCAGCUCAUCAGAAACUGUACAGGACUGGGAGUUAGAGGGAAAAUUCUGAAAAUGACACUCUGGAUACCGAGUUGAGUUGAAAACUAAGGGUGACAGGACUCUAAGAAGGAAGAGAAAACAUUCAAAAUCUUGCUUGUGCUAUAAGCAAGUCAGCCAGAUAAGGAAAGGUGUGGCUGGAGCCAAGACUGCAGGAGGUCAGACACAGACAAGGUGCACAGUUGUGGACGACCUCUGCCAGAGGCAGCAUGGUGCGACAGAAAGAACCUGUCACUGGGAGCCAGACCGCGACUGUUCACUUAAUUAAACCCUGGCUCUAUCACUUACUAGCUGAAUGACCUUGGGCAAGUAACUUCACCUCUCUGAAUCCUUGCCCUGCAAAGAAUUCUGUGAGGCAGAAUACACUAAAUUCUUACAGCGUAUGUCUGCCUCAUAGGAGCCCAGAAAAGCUGCCCCUCCCUGAUCUUAGAUUUUAGCUUAUGUUGUAAUCUGGAGCCCUGCCUGUUAAGGGAGCCCAAUAGUGGCAGCUUCUGACUAUGUGUGUGUGUAGGCAGGGGCAGUAGGGUGUGUGUAGACGGGAAGUAGAUCCACCUGCCUUACCCCAGGUUUGUUGAAUAAUACACAAAAUUGUCCUUAAAAAAUACACAAACUAGCUAUGGAUAACAACUCCUUUCUGCCUCUGGCGUCUCCCAGACAGGUAAGGCACAUCGAGGCUAAAGGACAUGCCUCUGGUCCCUGCUGGUGACUGUCAGAGCAGGCCACUGAAUGCCCUGUGAUGGUUAAUAUUGAGUGUUAACUGUACUUUUCCUUAAAGUACUGAGGGGGUGUGUGUGCCUGUGAGGGUGUUGACAAAGGAUAUUAACAUUGGAGGCAGUGGACUGGCAGACACAGAUCCACCCUCAAUCUGAGCAGGCACAACCUAAUCAGCUGCCAGCACCGCUACGAUACAGCAGGCAGAAAAAUGUGGAAGGUCUAGACUGGCUGAGACUUCUGGCCUUCAUCUUUCUCCCAUGCUGGAUGCUUCCUGCCCUCCAACAUUGGACUCCAAGUUUUUCAGCUUUGGGACUUCUGGACUUAUACCAGUGGUUAGCCAGGUGCUCUUGGGCCUUCAGCCACAGACAAAGAUUGCACUCAUGGCUUCCCUGCUACUUUUGAGGUUCUGGGACUCAGACUGGAUUCCUUGCUCCUCGGCCUGCAGACGGCCUAUUAUGGGACUUCAUGUUGUGAUCGUGUGGGCCAAUACUCCUUAAUAAACCCUCCUUCAUAUAUGCAUCUAUUAGUGCUGUCCCUUUAGAGAACUCCGACAAAUGCAACCAUCCUGUAUCCUGCCUUCCACCUGGUCCAGCCCCCAGAGCCCAUCCCGGCCAGGCCAACAGGCAAUUCUAGGCCACUGCAUCCUCUGUGGGAUAUGUGGGUGCCUGUGUCUUUAGGGUUGGUGUUGGGGUGAGUAGAAGGUGAACAUUAACAUCUCAGCAAAGCUUCUUCCUAACUGAAGCAAUUUUUCUUCUCAAGCAACCUCUUCCAAGAGGUGGUAGGUGAUAUGUCUGAAGUUGAACAAACAAAACUGAAUCAGUCUGAUGAACACAUAUCCAAAAUUCCAGCAAGGAAUCUGUGCUCCACACAGAAAGGCAGGGGCUGGAAAUCACACCUCCUAGGGCUGGCCUUAGUGGCCUCCCUCGUGGAAAAGCUAGAGGAAGGAUGAGGGCACAGGCUUCCACCUCCCAUGCCCAGGCCUCCUUCCCGCCACCCCGACUUUGGACACCCAGAAGAUAGGAACAUGUUGAAUCUUAAAGAGGCAGCGCCAUCAGGAUUCGGUGCAAAUGUCCCUUGGGUCCCCCGCUCCCCUAGUGCCAGCCUUUUCUGGGCCCACAACUCCUAGCACAGAAGCACCCACACCUCACUGCCUAGGUCUUCCUGUGAAGAGUGAAAUGAAACCCAUGAAGAGAGGAUGCAGGAAGCAGGCUGGCUUCUCUCCUGCCACACUUUACUCACAGUGCAUUUCUAAGCAGUACAUGGGAAAAGCUGCCUGUGGCCCUCAGACCUAUGGUGAAAGAUUCAUUCUUUCUCCAUUUCAGAAAUCCUGCCAUGCUGAACCCCUCACUGACAGAAGAAACCUCCCUCAGCAGUUUGCAGCAGGCCUCUUCUAGCUAGCCCUCCCCCCUACCCAGGAGGCCUAUGACACAGUGGCCCCAUUAUUCAGGCCACCUGAGCUCCUCUGCAUUGUCGUUGGAAUGCUGACACUGGCCACCUGAGCUCUGUUUGCCAUCUUUUUAUCUUUCGGCUCUGACUCUACUGUGGCCACUCAGAGUAAGGACAGGCCAGGGAAGCAAGAGGCAGGGGAGGAGGGUGGCAGCAGCGGCAAUGGUAGCAGGGUGCCUGGCAAACACAGUGGAAGAGAUGGACCAGCAGAAGCGAAGGCUUUCAUGCACCAGGCCUUACAACUCCCCACUCAUGGUUGCUGACCUCACAGGACAUCAUCAGAGCCCAAUAUAUUUCCCAAUGGCUGUCGUCUGCCCAUGGAUAGCUCCCAAGCCUGUGUCUCCAUUCUGCCCUUUGUCCUGAUCUCCAGAUCUGUUUAUCCUGCUACUUCCUCCUGAAGGCCCUCCAAGACAGCAAACUCACACACCCAAAUCUGCACCGUCUGCAUUGCCCCUAAGUCUGAUCCUCCCCACUGGUUUCCCCCCACUGUGCAAGUGUCAUGCAAGUUGGAAACAUAAGUCCAUCCUUGACUCCGCCUGGGCCAUCCCUCACAUCCUAUCAAUUAUCUAGCCCCGCCAAUUCCUUCUCCUAAAACUGUUCCCAAUCCAGACUCCUCUCUCCACUCCGGCUGCAAUCAUUCCAGUUCACACUUCCUCCCAGCAUCUCACAUACGGACUGUUUCCACACUCCCCACUGGUCUUUCUGAGCUGAUCUUCCCAGCCUCCAAUCAUCUGCCUGGAACACCCUUUUCCUCUUGUCCCUGUGGUAAACUCUUUCCUCCUCCUAAGCCUUCCUCUUCCUGUGAAGUCUUUCAUGAUUCCCCACAUAACAUGAGGCACAGCACCCCAAUCUCACCCUGUGGGCCCCAGCUGCUGGCACCUAUACCCUCAUCAGAGCCCUGGCCACGUGACAUGGCACUGGCUGUUGGCACACCCUUCUCCCACAGGGCUCCCCGAGACCAGGGACUCCUAGUGCCCUACUCAGUUCCUGGCAGUUAACACUUCGUAUGUGCUUAGUUGAACUAAUGAAUUCUACAAUAAAGAGGCCAGGGAUCUUUGACAAAAUCACCUUCCUCCCAGAUCUGAAAGACUGGAAAUGGGAUUUUGUGUUGAGUUCUUUGAUCACAGAUCCAAAAUACCUAAAUCCUUUAGCUACCGAAUCUGUCCGGCACAAGCAUGUCCCUCUCUCAAUAGCCAGGAAACAGUUUGUAAAUAAAUUCCUUGUCUCACGUCCCAUUUUAUUGUUUUAAUUCUUUAGCAUUGGAGCAAGAUCUCCAUUCUCAGUGCCUCAAUACCUAGUAUUCCAUGUGGACGAGUGAAGCACAGUUACAGUGUUGUGUUCGAUUCUUCAGCUCCUACUGUCAGGGAAGAUAGGUUGCUUCUCUCAGCUCCAGUCUCCAUUCAUGGAAGAAAGGCCUUCCAUCCCACCCACAGCUCCCACUUGCAAACACUCAGUGUUUGAGAAAGAUAUUAACAAAGAACUUAAUCAACCAAUGUUAUCUGCACCCAUUGUUGUAACUUGCUUCCAUGGAAAUCACAGCAUUUUCUCCCAGUGAUGCUUAGACACAAGGAGUUCUCCAGGGUACUUGCUGGGCCUGAAGGAGAAUAUUUGUGCCUUGGGUAGCAAAAUGCACAAUUCACCUGUGGUUUUGACUUUUACUUACCCUCUCUGCUUUCUUCCAGCCUGAUUCCUUUCUUGCUCUUUGUCCCCUGAGUCCUGGCAGGGAGAGACUGACUUCCUUUUCUUUUUCCUCUGUGAUUCCUGUGACUUCUCCAAAGCCCAGAAUUCUCCAGGGGGAAGAAACAAGCUUGCUUCUCUAUUGUAUAUUUCAACUUCCUUUUGUUUCAUCACAACAUCAGCUGCAACCUCCCCACUGCAGACAAAACUGUUGUCCUUAACUUUACUCCAGCAUGUAAAUCUAUGUGGGGUACACUCUCCACCACAUCUCCAUAGUCACGCAGUCACUCACUCAGCCUUCUUCCCUUCCUUGUUCCCUCCCUCCCUCCUUCCUUCCUUCUUACCUUCCUUUCUUUAUUCCUCUUUUCCUCCUCUCUUUCAUCCAUUCAUCUACUCAUCCAUCCAUCCAUCCACUAAUUCAUUCAUUUGUUGAGCAGUUACUAAGUACCAGACACUGAGCUAGGCACAAGGAAUGCUGAAAUGAAUAAACACAGGCCCAGCACUAAAGAAGCUCAUAAUCUGGAGAGGAAAAUGGAAAUGUUUACAAUUGUUUAUAAAGAGUAUGAAGAGAGUAGUGUGACAAUCCAAGGGAGAGAAUGAUUAAUUUUAGAGCGUAUAAGAAGAAUGAAUCAAAAAGCUGACAUUUGAACUGAGUAUUAAAGAUGAAGAAGAGGGGAAAAUGCCAUUCUGGAAAAAUAGCCACUGCAAUGACUUAGAGACUUAAAAUAACAGGGUAUGAAAUAGAAAAUAAAAGAAAUGUCAAGAAGCUCAGUAUGAUUGUAGCAAAGGAGGCACAUAUGAGAGGAAUUUAAAGUAAAGCUAAAGGAACACUGGCCAAAUUUGGAGAAUCUCAAAUGUCAGAGUAAGGUCUCUGGACUUUUUUCUAGAAACCAUAGGAAGCUAUUGGCGGCAGGUCAGCAGUUGGAAAAAUGGCUCUAGCUGCAAAGAUCAACAGGAAGGGGGCUAGAUAGGAGGUGGCAGGCCAGUUAAGAGGUUGGCACAAUGGACCAAAUGAGAGAUGAGGCCUGGAGUCAAGGCAUGGAGAGGGUGGGAUGACAAGGGGACUGCAGAGGCGUGGGUGUUCCUCUGCAUGUCAAAAGUAAAAUGCCUGUCUCAAAGGAGCCAAAUAAAUAAAUGCUUCUUGUGCUGUAGCCCGAGAGCUUGGUAAGGCCUGCUCAUGGCCCAGCUGUCUGCAAAAUGCUCCAAGUCUUGCCUGGCUUUCAGGAGAAGCAAGCCCUCUGCCAGCCUUAAAUUAAUGACUCUUCUAGGGAAGUACACUGCUGUCUGCACCAGUGGCCUGCCCAUGCCCAUGUCAGUGCCCAUCAGCAAGGCUAUCCCACUGGGCUAGAGCUCAUGACAAGGUAACAGUCAAAAGAUGGCUCUCCUUCCCUCUGUAUAAGGUGAUGUGGGUUUCCAUAUCUAUAUGCCCUAUUGGAAAACAGAGCUCAGGGUGUGAUAAGUCAUAUAUUCUCUUUUUCUCAGUCUCACAACCUUAGAAUUCAACAUUAUUUUUUCAUCAACAGGCAAUUCACUUAUUAAUUCUGUUUCCUUCUGUUGACAUUGAAAGGUUCUUGUCAUUCAAAUAUAAAGGACCACUGCAGAGCGACAGCUACAGAGAAAACUUGGGAUUUCAUUCUGAGGAGAAAAAGGAAUCAAGAGCUCUUCAAAAUAGUAAUGAAAAAAGGGGAUAAAAUUUAUCCCACACCGAGUUUAGGACAGCGACCUUUUAUAUGCAUUAUCUCAUUCCAUCUUCUCAAUAGCUCUGGGAAGUGAGUUCUGAUUACCAUUUAACAGAUGGAGAAACGGAGACACAGAGAGUUCAGGCCACUUGCCCAAUGUCACUCUGCUGCUUGUUUGUAGAGCCAGGGUUUAAAUCUAGAUCUGCCUCAUUUUGAAUUUCUUGUUGGUUUCACUGCAUUGUCACCUCAGAGGGGCAGUGUGGAGGGUAAUGAGAAGAUGGGCGGGAGGUCAGAGCCUGAGAGUCACCCAAACAUAUACUUGCAAGACUUAAAUCCUGGACUCCCUGUGACCUCAGACAAAUCACAUGGCUUAAGUGGGUAUCAGCUUCACCUCUAAAGUGAAAGGUAGAUUGAAUGAUACAGGUCCACAGUUUUGAAUUCAAGUAAGAGAGUGAACGCAUUGUUAAACGAAUAAAGAUUUACAGAUAGCAUUUUUACUUUAUUUAAUGUUGGAAUGUCUCUUAGUGUGUGUUAUAAAAAUAAAA